AUGGUGCUCCGACAGAAGGGACGAUUUGCCGCCGCUGAGAAGGGGAGCGAAAACCAGCGCCUGAGCAGCCGUCUGGCGAAGAUGCGGCAUUCUCUCAGCACCACCAGCGAGGAGCCCUACCAGCGCAAGGCGGCCGAAGAUGCCGCCGUCCACCGAAGGAAGUACCCAGACUACGUCUACAAUGCCCGUGAGAACCGCUCGCGUAAGCAGCAGCAGCACAUGGCCAAGGAAGUUACCGGCAAGCUCGAGAAAGAAAGUUCCGGGCACCAGGAGCAGCAGCCGAGUACUUCCACGGCCGCGUCACAUGGCCGGAGCCCCGCAGUGUUCCAGCAGCAACUUCACGCACCGCGGACGCAAAGAAACAGAUGCCGCGCAACCAACCAGCGCCUGAGCAGCCGUCUGGCGAAGAUGCGGCAUUCUCUCAGCACCACCAGCGAGGAGCCCUACCAGCGCAAGGCGGCCGAAGAUGCCGCCGUCCACCGAAGGAAGUACCCAGACUGCGUCUACAAUGCCCGUGAGAACCGCUCGCGUAAGCAGCAGCAGCACAUGGCCAAGGAAGUUACCGGCAAGCUCGAGAAAGAAAGUUCCGGGCACCAGGAGCAGCAGCCGAGGACUUGCAGAGCCGCGUCCCAGGGUCGAAGCCCCGCGGCGUUCCACCAGCAACAUCAUACACCGCUGAUGCAAAGAAACAGAUGCCGAGCAACCAACCAGCGCGUGAGCACCCACUUGGGCAAGCUUUGGCGUUCUCUUAGCGCCACCAGCAAGGAGCCCUACCAGCGCAAGGCGGCCGAAGCUGCCACCAUCCACCGAAGAAGGUACCCAGACUACGUCUACAAUGCGCGUGAGGCCUGCCGGCGAAGGCUGAAGGAGCACAGAGCCAAGGAAGUUGCCGUUACGCUCAAGAAUGGUAGCUCCGCGAACCAGGAGCAGCAGCCGAGUACUUCCACAGCCGCCACCCAAGGCCAAAGCCCCACGGUGUUCCAAUAUCAACAGCAUCCACCACCAACGAAAAUGAGCAGAUGCCAAGCAACCAACCAGCGCGCGAGCAGCAGCCUGGGCAUGCUGUGGCGUUCUCUCAGCGCCACCAGCAAAGCUCCCUAA